GUAGCUCACAGACUUUUCACUGCACCGGAUGAGAAAAUCAAAAGCUGAAAGAAAGGUAAAGAAAAUAGCGACUUGUAUCGGCUUUGGAUUGUAUACCUGUUUCCUUAUUCUGUGGGAACCUUUUCUUUUACGCGUCCGUGCAAGCGGACAGGACAGGGACGCCGCUUCUUGACUCCAAGAGUGAAUGUUUUUCGCGUGUUGAGUGUGAAAGUUAAAGCCAGGUGAAUGUAUAGCAUGAUGAUGGAGACGGACUUGCAUUCCCCGGCACCCCAAACGAACACGGGUGCGGGGCACACAGGGCAAAACGCUGCGGGGAAAUUGAGCCAGGAGCGCGUCAAGCGCCCCAUGAACGCGUUUAUGGUGUGGUCCCGCGGGCAGCGGCGUAAGAUGGCACAGGAAAACCCCAAAAUGCACAACUCGGAGAUCAGCAAGAGGCUUGGGGCCGAGUGGAAGGUCAUGUCCGAGGCGGAAAAGCGGCCUUUUAUUGACGAGGCGAAGCGCCUGCGCGCCAUGCACAUGAAGGAGCACCCGGAUUACAAGUACCGGCCACGCAGGAAGACCAAAACGCUGCUUAAAAAGGACAAAUACUCACUGGCUGGGGGGCUGCUCGCAAGUUCUGCCGGCGGUGGCGGUGUGACUCUGGGGAUGAGCACAGCGCAGAGGUUAGAGAGUCCUGCGGGUCACGGUGGAGGCGCAGGGGCGGCGAGUUACGCACACGUGAACGGCUGGGCUAACGGUGCGUAUACUGCAGCCGCUGCCGCAGCCAUGAUGCAGGAGGCGCAGUUAGCCUACGGUCAGCACGCAAGCGCUGGGGCCGCUCACCAUCACGGACAUCACCCGCAUCACCAUGGACAUCACCACCCUCACCAUCAGCACGCCGCCAGCGCGCAGCCCGUGCACCGCUAUGACAUGAGCGCGCUGCAGUACAGCCCCAUGUCGAACUCUCCGAGUUACGUGAGCGCCUCACCGUCGACCUAUGCCAUGCAGUACACGCAGCACCAGAGUUCUGUCUCGGCGGCGGCGGGAGCCGUUGGCGCGCUCGGAUCGCUCGUGAAGCCUGAGCCAAGCUCUAGCCCUCCCCUCAGCGGCGCAUCCCGCGCACCCUGUCCCGGCGACCUGCGCGAGAUGAUCAGCAUGUACUUACCGGCGGCGGAGGCUGGAGACGCGGCUGUUCAGAGCAGACUGCACGCGCUGCCGCAACACUAUCAGACCACUGCAGCUGCCAUUAACGGAACCGUCCCACUGACGCACAUUUAAAGCAAGAAGCAAAAUCCUAAAACUGAACCACAUAUUAUUCACAAACAAGUAACCAAAUAUUUACCUCUUUUUAGAUUAUAAAUACCUGCUUUUUGUACAGAAUGUUUUCUUGUAAAUUUAAAGGUGAUUAUUAUUUAAGCUUUGCUCCAUUGGUACUGUCUUAUCAACAGAAAUUAAUUUCUCCGAUUUGCCUACAAUUCAAAUAUAAUAGCUUUAGGCCAAUAUGUAAUAUGAAAAAUGAAAGGGAUACCAGCCUUUACACAAUCUAGAUUAUCUUGUGAAAACUUGAGAGUUUAAAUAUUUUUAAUGAUAUUAUCUGUGAAGUAUAAGUUUUAAUACGCAGGAAACGCCGGGGCACAAUUCAGAGUGGAAACGCUUACUAUAUUUAAGGUUAUUUUUUCUGACCCACAUCCCGCAAUUGCUUGGUUUGUAAACACGUGACUGAGCCUGUGUAUUUUAUCUAUUCAUUUUUAUUUUGUUCC